AUGGAUUUCUUUGGCAAGAAGAACGAAGAUAUCAGACCUAUGAUCACUACAUCAGCUCGUGUCACGGAAGAGAAACUAGUCCCUGAUCGUCAUCAAGUCCUUGACCAUGUAAAUACUUGUUUGAAUCUUGUUACAAGCAAUCAUGGGAAAUCAAUCUUGGACGAUCGGUCAUCAAGAGAUCAAGAACAGAACCCCAAAAUGGAUGAGAUGAAAAUAUUACAAGCUGAAUUGGAGAGGAAGAGAGUAGAAAAUCAAAGCCUGAAAGCCAUGCUUAAUCAGGUGAACAAUGACUACUAUGCCCUGCAACUACAACUUGUUGGACUAGUGGAGAAUCAAAACGGUAUUAAACAUGGAAGAGGAGGUGAAGGCAGUGACGUUGCAAGAACAUCAUUCAACAAGAACCCUAAUUGUGCUGCUGAUGAUGAUAAUGGAGAAAUUAGUUGCAGAUCUACUCCAAACGAAGUGCCCAUGAUUGUUGAUACUUCAAGGGAUGUACUUGAACAGAAUCUGCAAACUAUGUCCAUGAUUAGAAGAAAGACCCAGGUUUCCAUCCGAACAAGAUCUGAGGCAUCCAUGAUCUCUGAUGGAUGUCAAUGGAGGAAGUAUGGACAAAAGCUAGCCAAAGGAAACCCUUGUCCUCGAGCUUACUAUCGUUGUACCAUGACUUCUGCUUGUCCGGUUAGAAAACGAGUACAAAGAUGUGCAGAAGACAGAACAAUCCUUACAACAACUUAUGAAGGAAAUCACAACCAUCCACUCCCUUCAGCUGCCAUGGCCAUGGCAUCGACAACGUCGGCGGCCUUGUCGAUGUUUCUUUCGGGGUCUAUGUCUAGUGGAGAUGCUCAUCUCGGCCUACAAAUGAUGAACUCAAAUUCACUAGCAAAAACCCUAACACUUUCAGCUUCAGCACCAUUUCCUACCAUAACACUUGAUCUCACUCAGGACCAUCUUCCUUCUCCAAAUUUUGUCUCAAUCCCACAAUCUUCUCAUUCCACUCAUGCACAAACACAAGCAUUACCAGAUGCAAUUAGAGCGAUCACGGCGGAUCCGAACUUCACAGCAGCACUAGUAGCAGCCAUUGCUUCGAUCCUGGGCAAUGUUCAUGGUAAUCAACAAUAAUAUAUAUAGCUCCAUUACAAGAGAUUGAAGUAGAUAUAUGUCAUGUUAUAUAUUAAGUAAAUUGUAGGGAAGUGUAUAUUGUGUAAUAUUGAAAAUCUGGACUCUUUUUGGAGGCU